UUUUCUCAGUAAUUUAUUGGAUGCUUUAACGCUAAAUAGUUUUUCGCAAUGAAUUUUGAAAUAUGGAAAAUACAACGGAACCAGAAUUUGAAAAAAUCUCUGAACAAGCCUCAGAAGCUUCUAGCAAAGCUAGUUUAGACAAUAAUGAGGAGCAGAAGGUAACCGCCUUUGAGGUAGAAGCUGGAGAGACUGGUGUUGACUAUGAUAGACUCAUUGACCAGUUUGGCUGUGAUAGAAUAGAGGCCAGACAUCUUGAGAAGAUAGAACAAUUGACUGGCCAAAAACCUCAUAGAUUCUUAAGAAGAAAUAUCUUUUUCUCUCACAGAUCUCUCGACUGGUGCCUGAAAUCAUUCGAGACGGGUAGAGGGUUCUAUCUGUAUACAGGAAGAGGACCAAGCUCUUCCUCUCUUCAUGUUGGACAUGCUGUCCCUUUCAUUUUUACGAAAUAUAUGCAGGAAGCAUUUGAUCUCCCUCUUGUAAUUCAGUUGACAGACGACGAAAAAUUCUUCCACAAGCAGGUCUUAACUUUUGAGAACGUGUAUAAAAUGGGUUAUGAGAAUAUUAAAGACAUUAUUGCAUUUGGCUUUGACCCAGAGAAAACCUUCAUCUUCUCUGACAUUGACUACAUUAAAUAUCUGUACCCCAAUGUUUGCAAGAUGCAGAAAGCAUUGACCUUAAAUAAUGUGAAAGGGGUAUUUGGAUUCAAUGAUAGUGAUAAUGCUGGGAAAUAUUCUUUCCCAGCAAUCCAAGCAGCUCCAUCCUUCUCGAAUACCUUCCCUCACAUCUUUGGAAAGAAGAAGAAUGUGCCUUGUCUGAUCCCACAGGCUAUUGACCAGGAUCCUUACUUCAGGAUGACCAGGGAUAUCGCUAAAAAGCUGAAGUAUGAGAAGCCUGGGUGUAUUCAGUCCAAAUUUUUCCCUGCCAUUACAGGCCUUAGUGGGAAAAUGAGUGCUUCUUUGGCUCAUACUACAAUCUAUCUCUCUGAUGAUCCCAGCCAGAUCAAAAAUAAGAUUAACAAGCAUGCCAAGAGUGGUGGUGGAGAUACCUUGAAAGAGCACAGAGAGAAAGGAGCCAACCUUGAGGUUGACAUUCCCUACCAAUACCUUACUUUCUUCCUUGAAGAUGAUGACGAGCUGGCCAGAAUUGCUGAAGAAUACUCCAGUGGAAGAAUGCUCACAGGUGAAAUUAAAGAAAUCUGUGCUAAAGUUAUUACUGAUUUCAUCACAGAAUACCAAGAGAGGAGAAGCAAAGUUACUGAUGAGGAUGUUAAAGCUUUCACAGCUAUUAGACCUAUUGACCCGAAGUCCUCAAAGAUGCCGCCUAAGCCUGAUAAAACAAUGGAGGAAGCUAAAAAGUAG